GUAGGGGCGAUUUCAUAAAUUUAUAUAAUAUAUGGUUUCCCUUUUAAAGUCUCUUCGUUUCCCUUGGUUUCGUCGAUUUUGAAAACCCUCGUCUUUCUGGAUCACUCUAAAACCUAAGGGGAUGGAUCUGAUUCUGUCCUACGCCGACGGAUCCCCUUCUUCGUCGCCGGAAUCUUCUCCGCCGCGUGUUUUAGCGGCCAAAUCUUCGGCUCCGGCGGUCGACGACACGGCACUGGCUCUCACGGUGGCGCAGGUGAAUCAAUCUCAGUCCAAGCCGAUCAAUCCCACCCAACAUGCGGUUGUCUUCAACCCUACCUACGAGCAGCUGUGGGCCCCGAUUCACGGUCCCGCUCAUCCGUACGCCAAGGACGGAAUCGCGCAGGGGAUGCGGAAUCACAAGCUAGGGUUUGUGGAGGACGCGUCCAUCGGCUCGUUCGUGUUCGACGAGCAGUACCACACGUUUCACAAGUACGGUUACGCCGCGGAUCCGUCGGGGAUGAACUACGUCGGCGAUGCUGAUGCGUUGAAACAGAACGACGGUGUUUCGGUGUAUAACAUUCCACAGAGCGAACAGAAGCGGCGGCGGACUGAGAAGAAGGAGGAGGAGACGGAAGGGGAAGAGGGAAAGGAGGAGAUGGAGCCGGAGGUUGAGAAUCCGGCGACAGACGCCUGGUUGAUGAAGAACAAGAAGAGCCCAUGGGCGGGGAAGAAGGAGCUGGUUCAGGGGGAACUCACGGAGGAGCAGAAGAAAUACGCGGAGGAACACGCGAAGAAGAAGGAAGAGAAGGGUCAGCACGGCGAAGGAAAAGGCGAGCAUCACGCGGACAAGAGUACAUUCCAUGGCAAGGAAGAGAGAGAUUAUCAAGGGAGGUCCUGGAUUGCACCACCGAAGGAUGCCAAAGCCAACAACGAUCACUGUUAUAUACCGAAACGAUUGGUUCAUACAUGGAGUGGGCACACGAAAGGUGUUUCCGCUAUCCGGUUCUUCCCCAAGCAUGGCCAUUUGAUUCUCUCUGCAGGUAUGGAUACUAAGGUUAAGAUAUGGGACGUGUUCAACUCGGGUAAAUGUAUGAGAACUUACAUGGGUCAUUCAAAAGCGGUGAGAGAUAUAUGUUUUUCGAACGAUGGAACUAAGUUUUUGACUGCUGGAUACGAUAAGAACAUCAAGUAUUGGGACACAGAAACUGGUCAAGUUAUAUCGACAUUUUCCACUGGGAAGAUUCCAUAUGUUGUUAAGCUGAAUCCAGACGAUGAUAAGCAGAAUAUAUUGUUGGCUGGUAUGAGCGAUAAGAAAAUCGUUCAGUGGGAUAUCAAUACUGGGCAGAUUACUCAGGAGUAUGAUCAGCAUCUGGGUGCGGUGAAUACAAUCACGUUUGUGGACAAUAACAGAAGAUUUGUGACAUCGAGUGAUGAUAAAUCUCUCCGUGUCUGGGAGUUUGGCAUUCCAGUCGUGAUCAAGUAUAUCAGUGAGCCCCAUAUGCACUCUAUGCCUUCCAUUGCGGUCCACCCAAAUACGAAUUGGCUCGCGGCACAGAGUUUGGAUAAUCAGAUACUGAUCUACGGUACUCGGGAAAGGUUUCAGCUGAAUAAAAAGAAGAGGUUUGCUGGGCACAUUGUUGCGGGUUAUGCUUGCCAAGUUAAUUUCUCACCUGAUGGAAGGUUUGUUAUGUCUGGAGACGGUGAAGGUAAGUGCUGGUUUUGGGAUUGGAAGAGCUGCAAAGUGUUUAGAACUAUUAAGUGUCAUGAUGGAGUAUGCAUCGGGUGUGAAUGGCACCCGCUUGAACAAAGUAAAGUCGCAACAUGUGGGUGGGACGGCUUGAUCAAAUACUGGGACUAAGAUGGGCAUUUUAAGACCAAAACUCUCGAUGUCGGGGGGUCUUGUAACAUGCUUCGACACUGUUCCUUUAUCCAUUAAUGGAGUUUCGGUGGAGGAGAGACAGAAAGAAAAAAAGAGAUUAGAGUUGAAAAGGGUUUGCGUGCUUCAAACAGCUUUAGAGUUUCAUGUAGACUCCGCAGGGAAGAUGACAUGUUUGGUUGGAAAAAUUUGUAAGAAUUAAAAAACUCUUUGACUUUCCCAUGUUUUUGUUGACAGUCAUAGUUUUCUGUGUUA